UGAAGGUGACGUGAGAAUGGAAGACAUUCAGCACAAGUCUGAAAGGCACAUGAUGGACUAUACAUUGCGAAGGGCAGUAACAGAAGGCAAUGUACAGCGAUUUAAUGAACUUUUGCAAGAUGAAAACCAGCCACCUCCAAGGACAUCCAGGCUUCUCCAAGGAGUGACAUCUGAUUGGGACGGAGUGCUCCAUAUUGCAGCAAGACUAGAGCAUGUUGAACUAGUGCGUGCCAUUUCCGAUGGAUGGGCCAUGUUAGUGGAUGUAGCAGCCAAGAACAGGAGAGGGGAGACUCCCUUGCACUGUGCGGCUGCCACCGAGGAACCCGAGAUGAUCAAUCUUCUCAUACUGAUGUCUGGAAGCCAUGAGAAGCAAAUGGAACUUGUCAGUGAAAGAAAGUGCAACGGGGAAACAUGUUUACACGACGCUGUUCGGCGGGGGAACAGACAAGUUGCGAGUAGAUUGAUCGCGGCAGAUGUCAGCGUGCAAUACAUUAGGGACAGACACAGAUGCCGUGCUCUAGUGCAAAUAGAGGAUAACGAAGGUGUUUCUCCUCUAUAUUUGGCUACAACUCUAGGCAACCUUGAAAUGGUUCAGCUCCUCACUGAAAGGCCACAAGAUCACAGGUAUGCAGCAUCCUGUGCUGGGCCUGAAAAGAAGACAGCUCUGCAUGCUGCAGUUCUUCUUCGAUACCGCAGCACAGAGCUCAGUCAACAUCUCGUGGUGUGGAAUCCUAACCUCAUAAAGAAGACUGAUCUAUAUGGGAACACGCCACUUCACCUUUUGGCAUCAAGCUGGACUACCAGGCAGCCAGCUACUGCAAAACUUCUGUUGGAUAGGGACGCAAGCGCUGGAUACCUCUGGGAUGCCGAGGGAGCACUACCCAUACAUGUCGCAGCUGCUAAUGGAUGUCUUGACAUGAUCAAGCUGUUGCUAGAGCAUUGUCCCGAUUGCUAUUGGCCAUGCAGUAACUUUGGCCAGACCAUCCUCCACAUUGCUGUCCAGCAAAAAAAUUACAAUGUAGUAAGGUAUGUAUGCUCAGGGCAAAGGUUCCUAGGAAUUCUUAACACCAGAGAUGCAGAUGGGAAUACGGCUCUUCAUUUGGCUGUAUUGAAAGGAAAUGUGUCCAUCUUCCGAGUGUUACUGGGGAUGAGGCAAAUCUUUUUGAGUCCCAGAAAUAAGGAGGAGCGCACGCCUCUAGAUCUUGCAUCCUUGGGCAUCCCACCUGGCGUGUCAUUUACACAGCCCCGGCAAUGGAUUGCGAAUGACCUUGUACUUGCUAAGGCUGAAUAUGGCACUGGUCGGUGGGAUCAUUUUUCUACCAACUUCACAACAGCUGACAAGGAGAAGAAUUCCGAAGCAAUUAGCAAGUCAGCCGGGCUCAUGGCCGUCUGUGCUGUGCUUAUCCUGAACGUAGCAUUUGCGGCCCCUUUCAACGUUUCGAAAUUCUACAUCGAUUCCAGCAACGCGAGCAGCACACUUGGGAGAGCAAAGAUGCACGUGUACAAAGCGUUCAUGGUCUCGGACGCCUUAGCGUUUGUCUUCUCGGCGGCAGCGACGUCUUGCUGCACAUUGGCAGGCAUUUCUGUAGCGGACAGGAAUACACGCUUCACCCACCUUGCAGUUGGAUGGCUGUUACUCGAGCUUGCCGCGCUGUGUAUGCUCGCCGUCUUUAUGUCGGGGGUCUAUGUGGUCGCUUCUCCAGUUGGUUUCAGGUUUGCCAUCACUGCCUGUGCAUUUGCCAUUCUAGCCACUUUACCACACUUCACAAUGUCCGCCAUGCUGUUUCUUAGCGUAAGGACCUUGAUCAAAAGGGUUGGUGUCCGAACAUGGUGCCGCACCUUGCUUCCGAGCCUACGUGGAAUGAGAUUAAUAAGGAUAAUUGUUAUGUUGGUAGUCUCCGCGACUAUUAUAGGAUUAUCAUUCCUUUAAUUAGUUGACGAUGGGGUCAUCACUCAUACGUGCAUCGCAAGCUUCAAGUACCUCGAGAUCACUGAACUGGCACAGGCACUUGUUACUACUCCCUCCGUUCAGAAUUACUUGUCUUGAAAAUGGAUGUAUCUAGAAUUAAAAUACAUCUAGAUACAUCCAUUUCUACGACAAGUAAUUCCGAACGGAGGGAGUAUUUUAUUUGGUCAGUUUCCUACUUCAUCAACACCUUCAUCUGCACAAUGUUCGUUUCCUUAUGUCCAUUUGGUUCUGCUCUUUCUAUGUUGGCUGUGAGUUGCGUUGCGACCACUGGAUUUUUGUGGAGCUGUAUGUGUCGUAUGAUUAAAAGCUGAUGCAAGCCAAGAAAAAACAGUAGUCCUUUCUGUUUCUUCUUCUAUAGGACUUACUGUUAGGCUGACUCCAGUUAUUAGUGAUUUUAGUGUGCCGACUCCAAUUAUAACGUUGUUGGAAUAUAAACACUGACUCCAGUUAUUAGUGAUUUUAGUUAUGAUAACGGUAGAGAUUUGUGGUGACCCUAAACCCACUAUAUGAGGACCCACAAACUCCACUUGCUAAAUGCACUAUUAGCUUGUGGGCAGCCAAGCCACUCACGUCAGAGCAAGACUAUCUUCUGGGCGCGGUUGGCCGCUCAUGUUAGAGCAAGUCUUCUGGGCGGCCGAGCCACUCAAGUAAAACCACAACUCAAUUGUGUACUAAGUAAAACCACAUGUGUAAAGAUCUUAGCUCUUGAUCCAAGCGGGUUGUUGUGAAAAUAUUUUGAAUUAGAUCGAGAACACAACCAUGUUUCAAUUUCUACCUUGAAGAUCUAAACCCCUUGAAAAAUACUAUGUCUUCAACCUUCAGUAAUGCUCUAACUUUUGAAGCACGCCAGAACAACUCUUGAUUCCUCAAGAGCGUAUGCGUCCUCAGGGCUAUAGCCCGUACCUUUUCUUCCCUCCGUUUUGAGGGGUCAACAUCCACGCGGUUAAAGUAACUCCUAAGACAAUGUUCUUGUGUAUACUAGAUAAACAUAUUAAUCCCUUAAUCGACUGUUAUUAAUCAUCUAAAACCUACUAGGAAAGCACUAGAUGCACUGCCAUGGUGCUAUUUAUAGGCAGCACCCAUCAUAUAGCCAUUACACAGUAUAUUCCAUGUACCGCCAUACCUUAAUGGUUCUCAAUGAGGUGUUGCGCACGGAUGCCUCAGACACAUAGAGAUUCGAUAGACAUCCAUGAAUCUCUAACUACUUAGAUCUCAGUUUCUCAUACACUAAAGAACUAGGCUCGACACUGUUGGAAAUAUGCCCUAGGGGCAAAAAAUAUUGUAUUAUUAUUAUUUUCAUAUUCAUAAUUAAGGGUUUAUGUUCUAUGUUAUAACUGAUAUGAUCCUGGAAUAUGCGAUUCAAUGGAAAGCUCAUAUGCACAUAUCGAACGAUAAACGGUAAAAUUAGAUUCCUAGUCUUGCCUCUAAGACUGGCUCAAGUGUUGUUGAUGAUCAUGUUUUUCGGAUCUUAUGAUAUCGUUAAGUGUUAACAAUAGUCAUAAAACAAUAUUGAGAUUAUAACGUUGGAAGAACGAUCAGAUUAAAUUGACCCAAAUUUACCUGUUAUGAAUUGACUAAUAUCAUCUGUAAUCAAUUGCAAUAACAUGGAGUGUUAACGUGUGAUUUUUCUCCUUAGACCAAGAGAGAAUCGUAGUCACUUCUUACUGUGCGGUGGGCUCAAACGUCACCUGUAACACGGUGAUCAUAACGAUACAGGUUCAUCGGAAAGUUUGACAAGGGACUAGAUAGCUCGAGAGUGGGAUUUGCUCCUCCGGCAAUGGAGAGAUAUUCUUAGGGCCCUCUUAGUGUGACGACAUCCAUCAUCGUUUGGCCAGACAUAGGUGACUACGUCAUGGGGAUGCCGAAACACAAUAACGAGAAAAAGGAACAAAAUCGGUAACAAGGAUUUCAGUAUAUUAAGCAUGUGAUACUCAGAAGGAUAUCGAUGCAUCCCAGGUUUUGUAAUGUAUCGUGAAGCAAAGGGAACAUCACAUGAUAACCAAAGGUUCACUCAAAUAUCAUUCGUGUUCUCAUAUGGAUCGAUAUGGACGCCCAUGGCUCCGCUAUCGGUUAGUGAAUAAACGAUUUCAUUCAUGUAUAUGAGUCACGGAACCUACGGGGUCACAAGCUUCUGGCAAUCACGAUCAGCUGAGUGUUAGUAGGACGGGAGUGAUGAGAACAUAUUUGUGGAAUUGUUUCAUUAAUAUUUAGAAUAGUUUCGAGAGGAUACGAAAGCGUAUUGGGGUCACCGAAAGGGUUUCGGUAAAUGUCGGGUUAUACCGGGUAUAACCGAUAAAUAAUAUUUAGGGGGAAUGUUUCUAGGGAUGUUAAAUUAUAUAUAAAAUGGUCUGAAUAUAUUUAGAAUAAUUUUAUAUUUAAUUUAAUAUCAAUGGGCGUUAAAAGGCCAAGACGU